CCUCCGCGUCAGAGGAGCCUCGCGCUACCCAAUGGCUCAGACUCCGGAGUGAGCUGCGAACAGAAGAGCGAAGCCGCGGACAAACGCCGGGGCUGAUUUGGAAGCUUUUCAUUCUGGGCUGUGCAGGCCAGACGCAACCAUGUCGGAGAAGGAAGCCGGGAGCGAUGCGGCGUCCAGAGAAACAGCCUCUACAUCAGCAUAUUCAUCUCCUGCAAGAAGUUUGGGAGAUACAGGAAUAACACCACUGUCUCCUUCCCAUAUUGUGAAUGACUCAGAUGCAAACGUCACUGAGCAGCAGACAUUUCUCGUGGUCGUCGCUAUUGAUUUUGGCACUACGUCUAGUGGCUAUGCCUACAGCUUCACAAAAGAGCCAGAAUGCAUUCAUGUCAUGAGGCGGUGGGAAGGUGGAGAUCCUGGUGUAUCUAAUCAGAAGACACCAACCACCAUCUUAUUGACUCCAGAAAGGAAAUUUCAUAGCUUUGGCUAUGCAGCCAGAGAUUUUUACCAUGAUCUGGACCCAAAUGAGGCCAAGCAGUGGCUUUACUUGGAAAAAUUCAAGAUGAAACUCCAUACCACUGGUAAUCUCACCAUGGAGACAGAUCUGACAGCAGCAAAUGGGAAGAAAAUCAAAGCACUUGAAAUCUUUGCUUAUGCCCUGCAGUACUUUAAGGAACAAGCAUUGAAGGAGCUGAGUGAUCAAGCAGGCUCUGAGUUUGAAAAUUCUGAUGUCAGAUGGGUCAUCACAGUGCCUGCUAUUUGGAAACAGCCUGCCAAGCAGUUCAUGAGACAGGCUGCCUACCAGGCAGGGAUGGCCACCCCAGAAAACCCAGAACAGCUGAUAAUUGCCCUGGAGCCGGAAGCAGCCUCCAUCUACUGCAGGAAACUUCGCCUCCACCAGAUGAUUGACCUGAGCAGCAAAGCAGCUGUUAAUGGUUACACCUCCAGUGACACUGUAGGAGCUGGGUUUGCACAGGCUAAGGAACACAUACGUCGUAAUCGGCAGAGUCGGACCUUUUUGGUGGAAAAUGUCAUAGGAGAGAUCUGGUCUGAAUUGGAGGAAGGUGACAGGUAUGUGGUUGUGGACAGUGGAGGAGGCACAGUGGACCUCACUGUCCAUCAGAUCAGAUUACCUGAGGGACACCUUAAAGAAUUGUACAAGUCAACAGGUGGAGCAUAUGGUUCCUUGGGAGUGGAUUAUGAAUUUGAAAAACUUCUUUGUAAAAUAUUUGGAGAAGAUUUUAUUGAACAAUUUAAAAUUAAACGUCCAGCAGCCUGGGUAGAUUUAAUGAUUGCUUUUGAGUCCCGCAAACGGGCUGCUGCCCCUGACAGAACCAAUCCUUUAAAUAUCAAUCUGCCUUUCUCCUUUAUUGACUACUAUAAGAAGUUUCGAGGUCACAGUGUGGAACAUGCCUUGAGAAAAAGCAAUGUUGACUUUGUGAAAUGGUCAUCCCAGGGAAUGCUAAGGAUGAGCCCAGAUGCAAUGAAUGCCCUUUUUAAGCCAACAAUUGACAAUAUCAUCGAUCAUCUCCGGGACCUGUUUGAGAAACCAGAGGUGACAGAUGUCAAAUUUCUCUUCCUGGUGGGUGGCUUUGCAGAGGCCCCUCUUCUGCAGCAGGCAGUACAGUCGGCCUUUGGGAACAGGUGCCGAAUCAUCAUUCCUCAGGACGUGGGUCUCACCAUCCUUAAAGGAGCAGUUCUCUUCGGGCUGGACCCUGCUGUCAUUAAGGUACGACGCUCGCCUCUGACCUAUGGAGUAGGAGUCCUGAACCGGUAUGUGGAAGGGAAGCACCCGCCAGACAAGUUGCUGGUCAAAGACGGCACGCGAUGGUGCACCGAUGUCUUUGAUAAAUUCAUUUCAGCAGAUCAAUCGGUUGCCCUGGGAGAAACAGUGAAGCGCAGCUACACCCCUGCCAAGCCCUCCCAGAUGCUUAUCGUGAUCAACAUCUACAGUGCUGAACAAGAUAACGUCAACUUCAUCACUGAUCCAGGAGUGAAGAAGUGUGGUACCCUCCGUCUGGAUCUCACCGGGACCGAUGAUACCCCAUUGCCCACUCGGAGGGAGAUCCAAACAUUCAUGCAGUUUGGGGACACUGAGAUCAAAGCCAUAGCCAUUGAUAUUCCCACUUCUAAGAGUGUCAAAGCUGGGAUAGAUUUCUUAAGUUACUAACUCUCACCCUCCAUCCCUCCCAUCUCCCAUUCUCCCCUCCAUACCUCAACUCACUUACCUGCAAUGCUUUGGUUUCGAAAGCUCCAUCCUUUCCUUUUCACACUUGCCAUCACACCCACUUGAAUUUCAUCAGGAUAGAUGAGAACACAAAGAACCUAGAAACAUUGGGGAUUUGGAGGGGUGGGUUGAGAUAUGUAUCAGUAGGCAUUCUGAGGCCAUGAGAUUGUCAGAAAUAAGGUAUGAUAUGUAGAAAUGAACAGAUUCAGGGAUAGUCAGAGAAGGGCAUCUGGUUCUCACAUUAACAGAAGUGGUCAAACACUCCUUCAGACAAUGAAAAAAAUAUUUUUUUUAGCAUUGGUUUGUCUUUUAACAGAUCUCAGUUAAGCAGAACUAAAGCACUUUUAUUAUAGUAUUUUUAGAUUUAAUGAGAUCCCAGAGCCCAAGGGACACUCUUUGACUUCUUUUAUCAUAAAUAUUUGUGAAUUUCUUUUAAAAUUUUUUGAAGGUCAACAUAUAAAGAUCUACAAGUCUAUAGGUAUCCUCUUUCUUUGUCAUCAUGUUUUUCAAGUGGUGCUUAAUUGGAAGCCUGGAGUGUUUGUUUCAUAACCAGUAAGAGAAGACUGCCUAUACCAUGCACUGAUAUUCCACGUUCAACAUAAGAUUUUAAAUUUCAACUGAACAAGAAGUCUUUAAUUUGAUAAACUGUAUACUGUGGGCUCUGCUAAUCCAGUAAUAAUAGCGUAGGUAGAGGGAGACCUGAUGUUAAACCCUACAUUAAUGCAAUAGACAAGUAAGUGGAUCAAGCUGCUGAUCUGCCCAAAGUAUUAUGCUGAUCUGCCCAAACAUAAUUCAGAGAUGACACAAGUGAGCUGCUGGUACCUCUGACAUAUGCAAGUUGAAUGUUGAUAUUAAGUAAGUCAUAGUAGAGCCCUAAAUAAUUUCAGUAGAAGAUGCCUAUGAUGUUUCACAGAAUUAAUUGAGCCUAACACUUCUGAAGUUUGUAACACUUGAUAAAAAAUAAAUUUCUUGGGCCAGACUUUCCCAUGAAGUAGUGUUGGCCAUUCCUUUCCCCAUUUAGAGAAGAAAUAGAAUCAGUGCAUAAUGAGUGGAGUGUAAGAACUGAAGCCUUCCUUUGAAAUGUGUCAUCAAAUUCUUUAGUUCAAAAUGUUUUUCUACCUUACUGAAGAGGGCUUUUCAAAUAAAUACACGAUGGAUUAAAUGGCAGUCUGAAAACCAAGGCGCUCUAUAAAAUAGUCCCCUGAGUGUCUUUUUCUGCAGAGGGUAAAAGCUCUUAGAAACAGGGUGUCCAAGAUUUAAAAAAAAAAAAAGUUCUGACUCAUGAAGACUCGCUAGGAUCAGACCUCUGCCUUGUUUGAGUUUCUGCCUUACUUUAGUCUAAGUACACACAGUAAGGAACAAGGAAAGAAAAGAAUUAGGGACAAAAACACAUGACUGUUGGGUAACUAUCUGCUUUGUCACAUUAUUGAUUUAAGAUUUUUAAAAAGUUAAUAUGUUCCUUCAUGAUUUCUCCAGAGGCACCCUCAUGCAAAAUCCAGGACUAAACCUCCAAAAUGAUUGAUUGUAUGAACCUGGCUCACAAUGUAUCUGACUUUUCAAAGCUGUAUUUUCUCCCUGAUGGAAUUCAUUUAGCUUUAAAGCUGCUGGGGGUUUCAUGAAUGAAUAGAAACUUUUAUUUAAAUGCAAGUUGGAACCACAACCCAUUAUCAUGGUUAAUAGAUCUUCUAAAUGACAUUUCAAAACUUCAUUGAACAUUUUACAUUUUGCCCUUGUUUUCACUUUAACAUCUCUUUGUAGAAUUCCCUCAUAGAAUGUGAAACAUUAAAUACUAGGAAUAAAUCAAGAAUGCUAGUCACAUAGCUUGGCAUAAAGAUUUCUUACACAAUUUCAGAGGUAUGCUUGCUAGCAUUCUAUUUCUUGCUGCCUGCCAUGCUUAAAAAGCUAAAUAUUACAGGUUUUUCUUGGGUGUUACCAACCAGAGUUUACAAAUAAGGGAGACUUUGCAAUUUAAUCUUGAACAAUAUAAUUUUAUGUGCAUACAAUAUAUGAAUAAUGUACAGAAUCUUCAUUUCUACAAGGCUUCUUUCUUGUAUAAAAAAUGCUCUUUGCUUUUUGUUAAAUGCAUUCCACUCCAAAUUGUUACUGAUAUCAUUUCAAGCAUUCCAAUUAAUGACAGGCUUUUUAAAAAGAAGUAAGCAAUGCAAUAUUUAUGGAAGGAAGGCUGACCAAAGGGAUGGAGACAGUUGACUAGGGCUAAAUGUUGUUGUGAAUGAAUUAUACCCACCAGCAAUCAGCAGAUGGGGCAGAGACAGUGGCAGUCUGCAUUUUUUCAAACCCUUCACUAUUUUCUUUUAAAAGAAUGAAAACUGAUCACAGAUAACUACUUCUGUCACAUACUUGGAAGUCUAGCAUUCUGAUGUCUGUAAGCGGUCUGACUCUACAGGUAAAAUAAGGCUGAUUUUUCAACUCCUUACUUCCCGUGGGAAACUUUGAUUAUUCUUGAAGCCCCUGCUUAUUGGGUGAAAAAGUGAAAAUUCAGUCCACACCAGUGGCAUUUUCAGCAUGUCAGUAUUUAAAGGAAGGGAAAGGAGGGUGGAUUACUCCAUCUUUUCUUCAUUUUAAAGUGUGAAUAAAUUAUUCAAAAAUAGGAUUGCCUUUGAAGGGACUUUCCCUCUAUCCAGACCUUUCUCCUUUUCCUAUUGUCAAUAUUCUCCUACCUUGCAUUCAAUAUAUGUCUCUUUAAGCCAGGUAGAUUAGAUCACAAACCCCAUGGACUGUAGUAUGGGCAUAUGUGAUUGAAUGGGGCCGGAGAUUCCACUGGACUCUGGAAAUGCAGCCCAAUUAGACAAACUCAUUAAGAAUUCUCUUAUAUCUAGUAGCUUUUUUAAAAAAAUCAUAUUGAAACUUCCUAGAACUAGAUCACUCUACUUUAAUGAUACAUGUUCUGACCUUAUAGAAAGUUUUGAAAAAGAUAUGUCUUCUUGACCCACUUUACUGAAUUGUCCCUCUGACUGCCAUCUGGGUAAUUGAAUCAUAAGUAUCUUGAAGGCAGGGGCUGUAGAAUUUUCUCUGCAACUUCCCCACUCUACACACACCAAGCAUGAAUAAAUGUUGAAUGACUAAACAAAUAACACUGAUAGGAAAUAAUAAUUAUGUUUCAGCUUGAGUGGAAGUUGGCAUAAAAAUGUUCAAGUGAACUUUGCAGAGUGAUGACUGUGAGAAAAGGCUACAAAAUAGACCCUAUCCCUUCAUUGUUUAGGUCAAGUUUAGCUGUUAAGAGCCCAGGUCCAGAUUAGGCUAUUGUCAAAAUGUCAAGGAAUGGUAUGUAUAAUAUAAACUGGAGUCAAUAACGUUUAUAUGGGAAGGUGGGACUUCACGCUCCAAAAACUUAGUGGUUGUAAUACACUGUAUAUUCAUGGUAAAAGUGGCUUGAGCAGAUGACUAGUAGAAAGAGUUGUUGAGCAUAAUAUUAGACUCCUCACCUGCUUGGAGUACUAAACAAUAUAAUAAAAUAUCAAUCAUUGUGGUCCUUUACCUUUCUGCACAAGGGAAAUGUGAAUCUCACUUGGCAGCAGCUCACAACUUGUCAGGACUGUAUCUGCAAACUCCUAUGUCUUCACAGGUGUCUAAUAAAGCAAAGUAAAGCUCUUGA